CUGCUUCCCCCUACUUCUCCCCCUUUCAACUUCAAAUGGGGGGUUCAAGCGUCCUCCGGUUAACGAUUCUCAAAGUUUUCACAUGUGAUGUGUAUUGCUAGAGUAAAAUUAUGUCGAGGUUAGGUUUGUUUACAUGGAAACUGUCAGUUUCUUUUUUACCUAAAGUGCUCAGAAAUCAGAUUUUGUAUUCUAAAUGCGGAAAUCGAUAUUCAUUUUCAUCUGUACGGCAAAUUUCAUCUCUUACCAAAGUCCUUCAAACAUCCGAACAUCAAACUGAGGAUACUCCUGAGAGUGACUCAAGUGAAUCGGAUGAUGAGAGUUUAAAAGAUUUGACUGAUUUUAGAUUGCAAAUUUUAAAAGCCGGUUUGGAUUUUGUACCAGAACAUGGAUGGAGCAAACAGUCAAUAGCCCUUGGUGCACAAUCUCUUGGAUUGUCAAGUUCUUCUCACACCUUAAUAGAAGAUGGUGGUGCAGAUUUAGUACAUUAUUUUAACUUUUUAUGCAAUGAAAAACUGGAAGACUAUCUGAAGGAAAAAUAUUCUUCAAAUAAAGAGAAGUUAGACAUCCAUCAUUACAUAGAAGAUGCUUUAGCAUAUAGAUUAAAGAUGAUCAUUCCAUAUGUUUCUAAAUGGCCUGAGGCUAUGGCACUGAUGGUUUCUCCCUUCCAAUUUCCCACUGAUUCUAAAAACUUAUUAGACCUUGUUGAUAGAAUUUGGUACCUAUCAGGAGAUCGAUCAUUGGAUCUGACAUGGUAUACUAAAAGAGGCUCCUUGGCCUUAGCAUACCGAUUGUGUGAACUGAGUUUACUACAGGAUAAAUCACCAGAAUACUCUGAUACUUUUGAAUUUCUCCAACGAAGAGUUGAAAAUAUUGUUGAUGCUUCUGGAUUCAUUGAUAAUGUAGCAAAUUCUACAAAAUGUUUACCUGGGUUGGCUUCUGGUGCAUUAAUUACAGCACGCAAUAUCUUUGGCUUAAAUCAAUGGUUUAGGUAGCAAUAAAUGCCAUAGCAAAGUCAUCACAUUUAUUUAUUCCUUUUUAGUCAUUUUGCUGUUAGAAGGUGUUUAAAUCAUAAUCUUACUAUGGAAUCGCAUCAUCUUGGAAGUUUUCCUCGUGUUACAAGUUUCAUAAAAAUAAAAAUUGCAUUACUGAAAA